AUGGCUCAUUUUGCACCUCUAGCCGCUGCACCGUUGGCCCCAGAGCCAGAACCUUUCGGCAACCCGCGCAUUCAACGCCGAAGCUGGACCAUGGAUCAAUUUGCUGAGCACGAUCUUGGUCUCGGUCCAAGUCCUUUCGCCGCCGCUCUCCAGGCUGCUAGCCCAGGCUUCAACGAUGCCGCCGAGAUCCGCUCCCUGGGUGCAGAUCCGACCAGCGUUGCUUCCCCCGCCAUCAACUUUAAUGGUCUCUCUACGCGUCAGCUCCAGAACAUGGCACGCAACUCGACGUUCCCUUCGCACCUCGGUAUCAAUCGUGACCUCCUCGCCGAGGAGGUGUUCGACGAUGACGACGACGACGAGAUGCUCAGGCAGAACGAAUUUGGAAACGUGCCAAAGCGUCGAAGGCAGUCUUCGUUCGAUCUCACUGCGCUCGCUCACGACCUGGCCCAGACCGGAGGCGCUAACUUUGAAAUUCGACUAGGUGAUGGCGCUGCCCCUGACUUGUCAUCGGCCAAUUGGGGCAAGCCACGAAAGAAGUGGUUCCGUUUGAGCAUGAUGAUGGACGCCAAGGGCAAGCCUGCCAAGACCAAAAAGGUUGCCGCCGUCAACGGAGCCGAGGCAGACGGCGAGUCAGAUGCCGACAUUCUCGACGGUCCUGUUGUAGACGCAGACCAACUCAGGGUGACGGACAAGCAGGUCACUGACCUCUCCGACCUGUACGCUGCCGAGCCCUCGGCGAACAUGGCGAGCGAUCCAUAUUCUGCUCAGAAGGAUGAGUCGGACGGCAUCGAUGACGAUUAUGUCAGUCCGCCACGUCGAGGACCCCUUCGCCCGCUCGGUCUAGCUGCUCGUACGCCCAAGACCAUCCUAAUGCCUCCACCCUUGCAGGGAACCGAGUUGGCUCCCAAGCUGCGCCUGACAGAUGUCGCGCCCGAGUCUGUGACUGCUCCUCCCGCGUCGAAUCGUCACAGCCUGCACGUUCCUGAUGGUUUUGUGCUUCACAACACGCGGGGCGGGUUGCCGCCGAUGCGCAGCCUGGUCGUGCACAGUGCCAACGGGCCCCGGCCCAUGUUUGCAGCCAAGUCUGGCAACAAGAAGCACGAAGAGGCUGCUGCACGUCUCAAAGCUGUCGAGGUGGGCAGAACGGUCCAAGUGCCGGCCGCCGCACCUCGAGGUAUUGGACGUCGUGCUGCUGCGCCGACCACUGCCCUCUUUCGUAACCAUCUUGUGCAGCACGAAGACGAGCGCGAGGGAUGGGGUUUCGAGGCAGGCACACGCGUCGACGACAUCUUCGACCCUAAUAACGCUGACGACUCGGAUGACGACGACAAACCACUUGCAGAUAUCAAGAAGCAGAGUCGAUCGGCCAAACGUGCCGCCAAGCGUCUUGCCAAAGAGAAGCGCAAGCGCAAGGCUGUGCGCAGAAUCCGCAGGGCUAAGAGGGAAGAGGCGCUCAAAGAGGGCAAGUCCUUCAAGGACGUCGGUGUCGACGAACUCAGCCCCGACGAGGAUUUGGAUCUCAGUAGCACGACGACCGAAGAGGAGGUCACCGGCUCCGAGACCGAUUCGGACCUUUGGGCGAGCGACGACGACAAGCGAUGGAUCGAUGACAGUAAGCCUGCCGGUAAACUGUACGGCAAGAGUCUUCUCGAUCUCGCCACAGAACGCACCACGGAGCGCAAGUCCAAAGCACGCUUCUACGGCCAGGUGCAGCUCGAGGACGGCGAAUUCGCUGCGCUCCAGGUCGAUGGCGAUGGCGAUGGCGUGUCACAGCGUUUUGCCGGUUCCUCUUACGACGACGGCGCAUCUGUGGCACCCAGCAUCGCCCGCAGCUUCCGAGACAAGCCCGUCGGCUUCAACGACACCCGUGAGCGUAUGGAGGCCGUCUUUGGCGCCGAUCAGAUCUGGGCAAGAGAGAUGGCCAAGAGGCAGCAAGACGAGGCGCGUGAGGCUGAGGAAGCCAAAGCGAAGGCCGAUUUCGAAGGGGCAGCUCAGCAACAACGAGACGCCGAAGCAAAGGCCAAGAAGGAGCGCGGCCUCUUUACCGUAAACAAGAGGAAUAAGAAGAUUCGUGGGCCCGUGCUCGGCAUUUCGAACGAUUCUGCGAUUCACAGCGUGGUCAGCUUCACCGGCUCGGAUGCUGGCGCGUCGAAUACGGGUUCUCAUAGAGCUCCUGGAGCGGGAGAAGAACCAGCUGAGCUUCCUGAGCGAAGUCAGACCCCAGCCGAAGCUCCUGUUAUCGCCCUCGACAUCACCAUGGAUGCCGAAGCAUCAGAGGAAGGACGAUCUGGCCGAAAGAGCCUGAACCUGCUUGCCGGUGAAGAAGACGCUGCCCAGGAGUGGCUCAUCACGUCGGAUGCCGAGGAGGAGGAAGAGGAUGGCCAAGCUGCGGAGUCGAGCGAUGAUGACAUCCCCCUGGCUCAAGUGAAGAAAAACGUGGCUUCGCGCCCGACCUCGCUGGCGGCUGGACUCUCGCUCAAUCCAGCACAGUCUGGCGGUCCGGAUUCGUCUGAUGAGGAAUUGCCACUGGCAGCACUCAAGGAGAAACGCAUCCGACAGUCGAUGCUCCUCGGCGGCGGCAAGCUGGACUUGGACUUUUCGUCGGCGCAUAAUGGCGUUUCGGACGUUCGAUCCACGUCAGCUUCGUCGCCUCGUUCCGGGAGCUUGCGAGACAUGACAGGCACUCUGCAAGAUGGUGGCAAAUCACCCCUAUCGCGAGAAGUCGCUGGCAGAGCCGCGCACUUUGUGCAAGACGACGAUUCGGAUGAAGACCUGCCUCUCGGCCAAAGACAUCCUGGCGCCGAUGCGGCGCUAGCAAUUAUGCGCACGGCUCUCGAGAAUCAGAAAAGAGCUCUCAAGGAAGCUAGGCAAGCAGAAAAGGCGCAGAGGAGGGCUGCCAAACUGGCCCGGCAGGCCAGCGCUGAUGACGCAACUCAUAGUCAAGGCCAGGAGCAGUCCAAGCUGGACAGAGACGCGAAGGACGCGAACGAGGACGAUGAAAGCGAGGAGGAGGAUAGCGAUGAUGACAAGCCCCUGGGCUACGUCCAUCCUCAGGCAGCCAUUAUCGCCGAGCAAGCCGCGUUAAUCCGACAGCUGCAGUCCGAGAUGGAGCAACAGCAGCAGUCGCGACUGAGCAGUCUGCCGUCUCCUCAGUCCGGCAUCAUGUCGCCAUCUGGAGUGGAUCUGCGCUCUUCGAUGAUGUUGAACAGGAUGAGCGCGCUUCCCAGUAUGGUUGGCAGCAUGGGCGGCAUGGGAAUGGCCGACCCACGUCAAUCAAUGAUCGGGCUUCCAACCAAUGGGUCGAUGAUGAUGGGCAUGCCUCAGUUUGACGGCUUGCCUGCUUCUUCGCCUGGCCUGCCAUUCAGCAUGUCUAUGUCGACGCCCUUGCAAACAGGAAUGCCCAUGGCCGGCUCGCAGAUAGGCUUGUCGGGUGGCGUGCAACCAGGCGUCAUGUCUCCGGCCAUGUCGAUGCCUAUGCAGAUGGGACCAGCAAUGACGCCGAAUCCGAUGUCCAUGAUGCUGGAUCCCAAAGUCUCGUCGAUCCACAAUUGGCGAACGCAGGUGCCCGCCGAAGCCACCGCCACCAUCACGCCGCCGGGAGGUGCCUCGGCCGUCAAUUCGGCUUAA